UCGUGUUCAUUUUUUUUUUCUUUUUCUUUUAGUCUUUUUUUCUCGUUAUUUAUAAUAUGUAAUAUAGUAGUCAUGUCUCACUAUUUUUUUUUUUUUUUUUGGUUCCAUCAAGAAGGAAUGGAGAAUUCGAACGCAAGUUUUGGUGGAGAAAAUACUGAGGAUUCAACCAAAUGUGAAGAAACUCUAUCUCCUAAUAAGGGCCAAAGACAAGAUGACAGCUACGAAACGUUUCUACAACGAGGAGAUAGGAAAGGAUUUGUUUAAAGUCUUAAAGAAGAUGUGGGGUGGAGAGUUUGAUACCUUAAUUUCAGAGAAGGUUUGUGUGGUACCUGGGGAAGUUUCACUCACACAAAUGGGAUUGAUAGACGAUUCAAAUUUGGUUGAAGAGAUGAAGAAUCAAGUGGAAAUCAUUGUUAAUUUGGCUGCAACAACCAAGUUCGAUGAGAGAUACGACGUUGCACUGGCUACUAAUACCCUGGGAGCUAAACAUGUUAUAAGCUUUGCAAAGCAGUGUCCAAAUUUGAAACUUCUUGUCCAUGUAUCCACUGCUUAUGUUUCAGGAGAAAGAGAAGGGCAUAUCUUGGAAACUCCAUAUAAAUUGGGUGAGUCUCUUAAUGGGAUGGAAGGGCUAGACAUUGCUACAGAACAAAAGGUAGCGGAAGAGAAAUUCAAACAACUUCAAGAAAAUGGAGCUAUGGAAGAAACCAUAAAUCUAGCGUUGAAAGACUUAGGCCUAGAAAGGGCCAGGAUGUAUGGAUGGCCAAAUACAUAUGUAUUUACAAAGGCAAUGGGUGAGAUGGUGGUGAGUGAUCCAAAAAACAAUCUACCUUUAAUCAUCAUACGACCAACAAUAGUUACAAGUACUUACAAAGAACCUUUUCCCGGAUGGAUUGAAGGCGUCAGGACCAUCGAUAGUCUUAUUCUUGGAUAUGCUAAAGGAAAACUAACAUGUUUUCUUGGUGGAAUUAAUUCAAUUGUUGAUUUGGUUCCUGCAGAUAUGGUGGUAAAUAUGAUUAUCAUGGCAAUGGUAGCUCACAAACAUCAACCAUCAAAUCAAACAAUAUAUCACGUGGGUUCUUCGGCAAGAAAUUCUAUGAGAUAUAUUGAGUUCAAACGUUUCAACUACCGAUAUUUCACUGAGAACCCAUGGAUCAAUAAAGAUGGAAAUGCUGUGAAGGUUGGGGAAGUUACAGUCUUCAACAAUAUGGCCAGCUUCAGCAGAUACAUGAAUAUUCGUUAUCUAGUUUUUCUGAAGGGAUUGGAAUUCGCAAACAAGGCAUUUUGCCACUCUUUUCAAGACAAGUAUGUCGAUACGAAGAGGAAGUUCAAUUUAGUGAUGCGGCUCGUCGAACUUUACCGCCCUUACCUAUUCUUCAGUGCCGUUUUUGACGAUACAAAUGCAGAAAGGUUGAGAAGGGAUAUUCAAAACAAAGAUACAGAAACAGAGACAUUCUUCUUGGAUCCUAAAGAUAUUAACUGGGAGGAUUACUUCAUGAAUGCCCAUAUUCCUGGACUAGUUAAACACGUCUUCAAAUGAUUCUUUCUUAUCAAGCAUUAGAAUUACAACAAUAUAUUAAAAAAUACGAGUGUAUUAUUUAUCAAGUAUUUGUGUAGCAAACUAUAUUCUCCUAAGGCAAAAUCAAGGAGCGUGAAAGAGAAUAAAACUUCUCUACCGUUUUUAGGGAGGUCGAGCAUUUAUAAGAGAUGACGCGUGGAAUCUGAUCAGAUCAAAUGAUCCUUCACGUUAGGUUUCCAUCAAA